AUGGCAGGCGGCGUCGCGCAUCCGUACUAUCCGCGCGACAUCGUGUUGCCUGACUACGUCCCACCAGCGUGGAGCACGGCCGAGCUCUUCGGCGUUUUCGGGGUGGCCGUCGGGGUGAUCUUCACCCUCUCAUGGCUCUUCGCACGCUCAUGUCGCCAUCUAUCAGCGUCGGAGCGGUUCACCUUCAGCUGGUGGGCCGUGACGGGUGCCAUUCACAUGCUCAUGGAGGGAGCAUUUGUCGCCUUCCCCGCCCUCAUCAGCAGCACCAGCAAGGCCUUCCUCCUCGAUGCCUGGAAGGAGUACGCCAUAUCGGAUUCACGAUAUGCCACCCGUGACACCUGCAUUGUCUCUCUCGAGGCAGUCACUGCCUUCAUCGAAGGCCCUGCCUGCAUCCUCAUUCUGUAUGCCAUCGCAGCCAGGAAGCCCUUCAGCAAUCUGCUGCAGUUCACAGUGUCUCUUGGGCAGCUGUACGGAGCAGCUGUGUACUUUGCCACGAGCUACUUGGAAGGCUUUCCCCACUCAGACCCCCAUCCGAUCUACUUUUGGGGCUAUUUUGUUGGCAUGAACGCCAUCUGGAUUCUGGUGCCGUUUCUCAUUCUCUGGCGCUGCUGGGCGCGCAUCAUUUCAGCAGAGGCCUCAAUCAUGCAAGCUUCAAGUUCUCGGAGGUCCAAGAGGGACUGA